GCCAUCACAGUCACUAGUGUUGAGAUAGAGGGAGGGAGAACGCGCUCUACGUUCCGCUGCAGUUUUAAAAAAUAUUUUUUUCGUUGCACGUUUUUAAAGGGAUAUAUAUCUAUUUUCCUUGCUGGAACUGUAGGUGACAUAUCAAGGUAGAUGAGGAUGCCGAGUGCAAGGUUCCAGAGUGGGGAGAUGGUGAUGGGCCGAUGGCCCGGCAGCAACCUGUACUACGAGGUGAAGGUUCUGGGCUACGAGGCCCAGAGCCAGCUCUACACGGUGGUGUACAAGGACGGCACUGAGCUGGAGCUCAGGGAGGCUGACAUCAAGAGCGGAGCAGGGUUCCGGCCCUCCAGCCGGCGGUCCCGGUCUCGGUCUCGUUCCCCGUCACGGCGGCUCCGGUCGCGCUCCCCGGCCCGGACCACGCGCCGCUCCUCCUCCCGCACCUCUACCGCCGUAGCUACGGAGACUCCCACCUCGCGCAGGGAGCCCAAACUGAAGGAGGUCCUGGAGGUCCGACUCAGCCCCUUGGCAAAGCCAGUUGAUAACAAUAGCAACAAUAAGCAUGAACAGAAAGAGAAUGACAGCGCUAACAAAGUGAAUGAGGCGGAGGGGGAGCCGGUGAAGAAGGUGGAGAGCCGCUACAACCUGCGGCGCAGGAAGGAUGAUGGGGAUGCCAGGCCGGCAGGGCCUCAGCAGCAGGAGACCUCUGCCCCAGCCUCCACCCCCACCCCCACCCCCAGGACCACAGAGCUGGAGUUUGGAGGACGGAUAGGAGUGGUGGUCAUGCUGCUGCUGUUGCCAUGCAUGGUGCUGUGUCUGCUGGUGAAGGCAGGCCAGCAGGAUGCCAGCGUGCUGGCCCCCCUGUCCCUGCCCAGCCCCCAGGCCCUCUGGGACCCCCAGGCCCUGGCACUGGUCUGCCUCUGGAUCCUCCUGCAGGCCCUGCUGCACCUGCUGCCUGUCGGCAAGGUUGUUGAAGGCCUGCCUCUGAAGAGCGGCCAGCGUCUGCAAUAUCGGAUCAACGGUUUCUCCUGCCUGGUCCUGACGGCGCUGGCCUUGGCUGCUGCGCUGCACCAGGAAGUGGAUCUCACCUACGUGCAUAGCCACUUCCUACAGCUGGCGGCGGCCAGCACGCUUCUGGCCACGCUGCUCAGCCUGUUCCUGUACGCACGCUCUCGCCGGGCCCCCGCACACGCCCUGGCCCCCGGGGGCCACUCUGGUAACAUCAUCUACGACUUCUUCAUGGGUCACGAGCUCAACCCCCGCAUCAGGAGCUUCGACCUCAAGUUCUUCUGUGAGCUGCGCCCUGGUCUGAUUGGCUGGGUGGUGAUCAACAUGUCCAUGGCCCUGGCUGAGAUGAGGCUUCAGGGUCUGGAGAGCCCGUCUGCUGCCAUGAUCCUGGUCAACGCCUUCCAGCUGCUCUACGUGCUGGACGCCCUGUGGAACGAGGAGGCCAUCCUGACCACCAUGGACAUCGUGCAGGAUGGGUUUGGCUUCAUGCUGGCGUUUGGAGACCUGGUGUGGGUUCCCUUCGUGUACAGCCUGCAGGCCUUCUACCUGGCCAGCCACCCCAGCCCUCUCACCCUGCCCUGGCUGGCAGCCAUCCUCACUCUCAACGCUGUUGGAUACGUGAUCUUCAGGAAGGCCAACUCCCAGAAGAACGCCUUCAGGAGGAACCCGGACCACCCCAGCCUCGCCCACUUGAAGACCAUCCCCACGGCGACAGGGAAGAGCCUGCUGGUGUCUGGGUUGUGGGGUGUCGUCCGUCACCCAAACUACCUGGGUGACAUCAUCAUGGCCCUGGCCUGGUCCCUACCCUGUGGAUUGGACCACCUGCUGCCCUACUUCUACGUGGUGUACUUCACCUGCCUGCUGGUGCACCGGGAGGCUCGUGAUGAGGCUCUGUGCCGGAGGAAGUACGGCUCUGCCUGGGACGAGUACUGCAGCGCAGUGCGCUACCGUAUCAUCCCCGGCCUCUACUGACCACGCCCUCAUCCCCGGCCUCUACUGACCACGCCCUCAUCCCCGGCCUCUUCUGACCACGCCCCUCAUCCCCGGCCUCUACUGACCACGCCCCUCAUCCCCGACCUCUACUGGCCACGCCCCUCAUCCCCGACCUCUACUGGCCACGCCCCUCCUCUUAAUCCCCAGCCUCUACUGGCCACGCCCCUCAUCCCCAGCCUCUACUGGCCACACCCCUCCUCCUCAUUCCCAGCCUCUACUGGCCACACCCCCCCUCCUCAUUCCCAGCCUCUGCUGGCCACACCCCCUCCUCCUCAUUCCCAGCCUCUGCUGGCCACACCCCCUCCUCCUAAUCCCCAGCCUCUGCUGGCCACACCCCCUCCUCCUAAUCCCCAGCCUCUACUGGCCACACCCCCUCCUAAUCCCCAGCCUCUACUGGCCACACCCCCUCCUAAUCCCCAGCCUCUACUGGCCACACCCCCUCCUAAUCCCCAGCCUCUACUGGCCACACCCCCUCCUAAUCCCCAGCCUCUACUGGCCACACCCCCUCCUAAUCCCUAGCCUCUACUGGCCACACCCCCUCCUAAUCCCCAGCCUCUACUGGCCACACCCCCUCCUAAUCCCCAGCCUCUACUGGCCACACCCCCUCCUAAUCCCCAGCCUCUACUGGCCACACCCCCUCCUAAUCCCCAGCCUCUACUGGCCACACCCCCUCCUAAUCCCCAGCCUCUACUGGCCACACCCCUCCUCCAGGCUCCCCCGUCAGCUGUGGAAUGGCCCAAUACAUAAAAAAAACUAAACUGAACAAAAACUUUGAAUCAAUUUAGAAAUUUGAAUCUUGAGAUGUUUUGUGAUGUUUUUUUUAAGGAAGUUUGAUCCUCUCUUGUUUCCUCUGGAGGAACAUGGACUUCUGUCAUCAGCUGGUUUGUGUUAGGAUUCAUGCCUUUAUUUGAUGUUUCAAAUUUGAUCAAUUUGAUGGGAAUGUUUUAAACUUGCCUCAAAAUAUGCAGGUAAAUUCCGUCUUGUAUGUAUUGUUUUGUACAUAUGCAUUUUGUUUUUACACUCAUACUUACCCCUUGACAUGGCUCAGGAUAAAUACUAUCUUAAAACCCUCUUCACUCCCAUAUUCAGUAGUUUUACAGUAUCUGCUUGGUAAGUAUACCUCUUAGUAUAUUUGCUUGUGUAUAUUGUGUAUGAUGCUCCUUUUACCUGUACAGUUGGACCACUACUAGGACUAACGAUCUCUCAGGACAGACAUGGAUUUAGAAGAUUUUAUGUCUUAAUAGUUUUGUUGUUUAUAUUUUUAUAGAAAGAUGUAGAUUUCACUGAGUGUGAAGAAACUGAAUUGUUGUUUUAAAUGCAUCCAAUGCAAGAUGGCGUUUGCAAGAUGUUUUUUAAUUUUUAUUUAUAAUAUUAUUUCAACUUUUAUGAUUGAUCCAGUGUUAUUUUGCUGUGUGUUUGCUACGUCAGGUUCAGAGUUGAAGUGUUCCCCAGUGGGGCUGCAGGGGGCAGUGUAGUGCUGAGCAACUGAGCGCCUGCUUCUGACCUGAGGCCAGAAGCAGGCAGCUGGUACCACCACAGCAGGCAGUCCUCUGCAGCAGGCCUCCUCGCUGCCACGCUGGGUAUCCUACACUCAGUCUGCUGUUAGCUCCAUCAACACCAGACAUCCUCUUCUCUUGUUCUUAAUGUGAACUUUUAUGAGUGACAGUUGUCUGUGUUUAAAAGAAGGUUAUAGUGUGGGCACCCAUGCUGCGGUAGCUCUUCCCUACAUUGUUCAUCCUACAUUCAUACCCAAACAGUGUUUCAUCUGCCUGUAGCAGAGCAGAAUAGUGAAGAACUAGAGUAAUGUAAAUAUUCUGAAUUUUAUUUUUUAAAAGAAUUAUGUGAUUUUAAGUAUAAGAAGAGAUCCCAGUCAUCGUAGAGAUAUUAGAUCUUGUUUCUCAUUAGAUAUUUAAAGUUGCUUUUCUGAUUUCCACAUUUGGUUUUCUUUUUAAUUAAAAUUGAUCUGCCUGA